AUAAUUCAUAUAUACAAUAGGGGAUCAAAGUACUUGUUACACUGAAUACCAUACCCUGACAUUACAUAUUUUGUAAAUGUUGUUAUAUGUUUUUGAUUGAGCAACAAAUAAUCAUGUUAGCCUAAAGACAAACUUUGUGUAGUUUAAAGAGUGUUUGCCAAUGCUUUUUUGAAAAGGAGGUUUCAUAUAAAAAUCCAGAUGUCCAUCUUCUCUUGAUAGAUGGUGGUUUUGUGCUGCUAGGGCUCAGACUCCUGUUAGGCCACAGUUGGGAGCAGGUGGCCACAGUUGACCUUAGCAAGCCGUAACAUGCGCUCUGUGUUCAGGGCAUUCCUAUCCUGAUCUCCUUCAUAUCCUGAUGAGCCUGCCUGACUCCCAAAGCCAGCUGUUUGAAGGGUAGCAUUUUGUCUAGGGUAUUGCUUUUCAGCGAGACUGUACUGGCCCCUAAAGGAAGAUUUGAAAGUGUUUUCUGGAUGCAGAAGUGGUUGGAGGACACUACUGGCAUUUAGUGGAGUGCAGUCUUGUUAUGUGAGAGGCCAUUUUGGGCCUGGAAGUUGUAUCCCGCAUUUUCAGCAAUCCCUUUGGGUAUUCAUAUAGGCGAAAUACCUGUUUAUAAUUAUUUGAGCCUAGAAACAAAAUUGGUUGCCCAUUUAAAAACUGGUUUAAUUCAGUUUUAGUAUACAUUGAAUUUCCUAAGACUACAGCUACUGUAUAAUUUCAGGUAAAAUUGUUCUUUACUUUGGAAGAUUUACUGCAAAUUGUUGACCAUUUGGAAAACCAUAUCACUGACAACAAGGUGGCUCAUGAUAUUUGGAUAAUGAACACAAUGUAGCUCUAUCAGUGCUCAUUUGUACCUCCCUUGUUCAGUAUAACAAAAAGCAAAAUUAACACUCCUUUAACAUUUUUUAUGAAUAAGAAAUAAAUCUCAGUCCGACAUGGUGGCUCAUGCCUGUAAUUGCAGCACUUUAGGAGGCUGAGGCAGGUGCAUCAUGAGGUCAGGAGUUCAAGACCAGCCUGGUCAACAUGGUGACACCCUGUCUCUACUUAAAAAAAAUACAAAAAUUAGCUGAUCAUGGUGACAGGUGCCUGUAAUCCCAGCUACUCAGGCUGAGGCAGAGAAUUGGUUGUAACCGAGAGAUGGACUUUACAGUGAGCUGAGAUCAUAUCACUGCACUCCAGCCUGGACAAUGGAGUGAGACUCCACCAGAAAAAUAAAGAAAAGGAAAGACAGAAAGAAAGGGAGAGAGAAAGAAAUCUCAGAUUUUAUGAGAGAAUAUUAAUUCUUUGUGUGUUCUUUAUUUUUACCAUCUAUAAUUUGCCUUCGCAUGUUAUCUAGACUUCAGUUAUUCUUAUUUUCUUUUUAUCAUUGGCCUGUAAGUCUGCUUUAUUCUUAUUCUGAAACUAAAUUGUAUCCUCAUGUCCAUGCAACCACUUAACCCUCCAGUCUUUGACUUUCUUACCCUUCUUGAAAGUAGUGGCUUCUUAUUGCUUCUCUUUAAUUCAUAUUUAUUUGUUGGUAGUAGGGCAGACAUCAGAUCACAUCCUCAAUAUGUAAAUUAUGCUCAUGCCUGGAGAACUUUAAGAAUAUGAUAUAUAGAGAUUGUUUGUGUAAACUAUGAGCUUUGUUGUUAGGUUAGUAAAAGAGGCAUUACAAAAUACUUGUUUUUAAAAGUGAGGCUUUGUGGUUGAGCAGCUUAAUCCUCUAGGUGAGCACUGAGAAUAUACAUUGGUCCUAAAGAGGCUUACAGGCUUCUAGAAAGACAUUGCAUAGAGGCCAGGCAUGGCGACUCACGUUUGUAAUCCCAGCCCUUUGGGGGACCACGGUGGGUGGAUCAUGAGGUCAGGAGUUCGUGGCCAGCCUGGCCAAGAUGGUAAAACCUAAUCUCUACUAAAAAUACAAAAAUUAGCAGGCAUAGUGAUGGGUGCCUGUAAUCCCAGCUACUUGGGAGGCUGAGGCAGGAGAAUCGCUUGAACCUAGGAAGCGGAGGUUACAGUGAGCUGAGAUCACGCCGCUGCACCACUCUAGCUUGGGCCACAGAGCAAGACUCUGUCUCAAAAAAAAAAAAAAAAAAAAAAGAAAAGAAAGAAAGACAUUUCAUAGAAAUAAGUUAUGCCUAGACGAUGAAAUAUGCUCCAGGAUUUCAGAGAGGGGCAAAUAGGUGUGUUUGAAUGGGUGAGGAAGGCUUAUGGAUGAGGCCGAAGAGGAGCCACCAAAUGUAAAUGCUUGGGAAAGAGUUUUGCAGAAGGGGACAAAGAAGCAAGGUUCUCUCCCUUUUUUACUUUCUCCCUCUUCUUUUUCUUCUAGAACUCUGUCUUUUCCUCCUCCUUUCCUGAAGAUGCAAAAGCUACAGAUGUGAGAGGGACAAUCCAAAGUCAUGAUUGUGAAGUAUUGUUCUCACCUUAAACUCAGAUAUGACCUUGGGGGCUUAGAAUUGUGUGGUUUUUGUUCUUCAAGAGAAAUUAUUGGAGAGAUCUCAGAGCAAGGCAUUGCUUGUAUUUUACUUCGGUAUAGUACUUACAUUUUCGUUUUCUUAGAUCUAAUUAUAAAAGAGGCUUGGGAGGUGGAAAAUAAAUUCAGUAAGUCUCCAAAGUUUUCCAUUUCUUUAUUUUAUAAAUUAACUAUCAUUGAAUUUGGGGUAAUGCUAAGGAGGGUGUCAGUGACAGAAUUGCUAGUUUUCUUAGCUUGCCUCAGCUUAUCAAAUUUAACUCUUUUUGUGAAACUGUCACCACAUGUAAAUAUAUAAAAUACAUCAGAAUUUCUUUGAAGAAACAUUUCUUAGCCAAUCAAAAGCAAGAACUAAUGAGCCUUCAAGAUGAUUUAAUUUUCAGACUUUUUUUUCUUCUAAUGCUACAAUCCUUAGGUAUGGUGGGAAAGGCACUUCAAAGUGAGUACUCCGGAUGUAAUUCAAAUGUACCCAUUUAAGUAGCUCAGCAAAUUGCAUAAUCUAGGGUUCUGGAGUGACAGUGAUUUUUAUGUUGAAAUCUUUUGGAGUGGGAUGGAAAUAGCAACAUCAUUUUAUUUCAUUAAAAUUGGUCUCAGCCUCUGCUUUUUCCUCAUUCACUGGAGGUCUUUACAUCUAGGAAAGAAUUCAUAGCUGCUUCUUCAGAGGAUGUCUCAUUUUCCCUCAUUCAGAAGGACACAUUUGGUACUUUGCCCUGUGUUUUAAUUAGUAAGCUCCAGAGGAAGAGAGUUGUUGAAGCCAGGGCCCCCAGUUGUGGAAGUUUCUAUAUCUGUAAACUGGAUCCAUUCCAGGGCAGAAUCAUUUAUCAGCAAAUGAAACACCAGCCACUUCCCACACGUCCUCUGAUUGCAUUAAAAAAUCACUCCUCUUCCCACCCAAAUUGAGUAUGCUUGGAGUAUGGAGCUGACAAACAUUCUGUUUCCUCCUCCUCAUUCUGUUAAAUUGCUGGUUUCUGUAGUCUAUUAGGCUUCUUAUUAAUAGCAAUAAAACGUUCAUUCUUUAACUCUCACGCCUACAUACCAGAUACAGUCACUCUUUCUGCCCCUAAGUUAUAUGGUCUAAAGUCGUUCAAUAGCAGGGAAAUGAGCUGGGAAAAUUGAUACUGCGUCUGUAGCAUCAGGUACUAUUUAACCAGUGGGAGGGACUGAUAAAAUUAGCAAGUUGACUAACCACUUCCCUUCCUUGUGGCUCUUUAAUUUAUAACGGAUACAGAAAAGUUCAGAAGGACUGAGCUAGUUUUCGAAACCACAGCACACUUUGGCAAAGAAGGAAUGCACAACAGAAGGGAUGGGGUGGCUGGACGAGAGCAGCUCUUGGCUCAGCAAAGAAUGCACAGUAUGAUCAGCUCAGUGGAUGUGAAGUCAGAAGUUCCUGUGGGCCUGGAGCCCAUUUCACCUUUAGACCUAAGGACAGACCUCAGGAUGAUGAUGCCUGUGGUGGACCCUGUUGUCCGUGAGAAGCAAUUGCAGCAGGAAUUACUUCUCAUCCAGCAGCAGCAACAAAUCCAGAAGCAGCUCCUGAUAGCAGAGUUUCAGAAACAGCAUGAGAACUUGACACGGCAACACCAGGCUCAGCUUCAGGAACAUAUCAAGUUGCAACAGGAACUUCUAGCCAUAAAACAGCAACAAGAACUCCUAGAAAAGGAGCAGAAACUGGAGCAGCAGAGGCAAGAACAGGAAGUAGAGAGGCAUCGGAGAGAACAGCAGCUUCCUCCUCUCAGAGGCAAAGAUAGAGGACGAGAAAGGGCAGUGGCAAGUACAGAAGUAAAGCAGAAGCUUCAAGAAUUCCUAUUGAGUAAAUCAGCAACAAAAGACACUCCAACUAAUGGAAAAAAUCAUUCCGUGAGCCGCCAUCCCAAGCUCUGGUACACGGCUGCCCACCACACAUCACUGGAUCAAAGCUCUCCACCCCUUAGUGGAACAUCUCCAUCCUACAAGUACACAUUACCAGGAGCACAAGAUUCAAAGGAUGAUUUCCCUCUUCGAAAAACUGCCUCUGAGCCCAACUUGAAGGUGCGGUCCAGGUUAAAACAGAAAGUGGCAGAGAGGAGAAGCAGCCCCUUACUCAGGCGGAAGGAUGGAAAUGUUGUCACUUCAUUCAAGAAGCGAAUGUUUGAGGUGACAGAAUCCUCAGUCAGUAGCAGUUCUCCAGGCUCUGGUCCCAGUUCACCAAACAAUGGGCCGACUGGAAGUGUUACUGAAAAUGAGACUUCAGUUUUGCCCCCUACCCCUCAUGCUGAGCAAAUGGUUUCACAGCAACGCAUUUUAAUUCAUGAAGAUUCCAUGAACCUGCUAAGUCUUUAUACCUCUCCUUCUUUGCCCAACAUUACCUUGGGGCUUCCUGCAGUGCCAUCCCAGCUCAAUGCUUCGAAUUCACUCAAAGAAAAGCAGAAGUGUGACACACAGACGCUUAGGCAAGGUGUUGCUCUGCCUGGGCAGUAUGGGGGCAGCAUCUCAGCAUCUUCCAGCCACCCUCACGUCACUUUAGAGGGAAAGCCACCCAACAGCAGCCACCAGGCUCUCCUGCAGCAUUUAUUAUUGAAAGAACAAAUGCGACAGCAAAAGCUUCUUGUGGCUGGUGGAGUUCCCUUACAUCCUCAGUCUCCCUUGGCAACUAAAGAGAGAAUUUCACCUGGCAUUAGAGGUACACACAAAUUGCCCCGUCACAGACCUCUGAACCGAACCCAGUCUGCACCUUUGCCUCAGAGUACAUUGGCUCAGCUUGUCAUUCAACAGCAACACCAGCAAUUCUUGGAGAAGCAGAAGCAAUACCAGCAACAGAUCCACAUGAACAAACCAGCAAGGCAACAGCUCGACUUUGCUAGGGGAUCACCUCCAGAUGUUCAACCAAAGAGAGACCCUGCCACCCCACUGAGACUGCUUUCGAAAUCUAUUGAACAACUGAAGCAACCAGGCAGUCACCUUGAGGAAGCAGAGGAAGAGCUUCAGGGGGACCAAGCGAUGCAGGAAGACAGAGCGCCCUCUAGUGGCAACAGCACUAGGAGCGACAGCAGUGCUUGUGUGGAUGACACAGUGGGACAAGUUGGGGCUGUGAAGGUCAAGGAGGAACCAGUGGACAGUGAUGAAGAUGCUCAGAUCCAGGAAAUGGAAUCUGGGGAGCAGGCUGCUUUUAUGCAACAGCCCUUCCUGGAGCCCCCGCGCACACAUGCACUCUCUGUGCGCCAAGCUCCGCUGGCUGCGGUUGGUAUGGAUGGACUAGACAAACACCGUCUUGUCUCCAGGACUUACUCUUCCCCUGCUGCCACCGUUUUACCUCACCCAGCAAUGGACCGCCCUCUCCAGCCUGGCUCUGCAACUGGAAUUGCCUACGACCCCUUGAUGCUGAAACAUCAGUGCGUUUGUGGCAAUUCCACCACCCAUCCUGAGCAUGCUGGACGAAUACAGAGUAUCUGGUCACGACUGCAAGAAACUGGGCUGCUAAAUAAAUGUGAGCGAAUUCAAGGUCGAAAAGCCAGCCUGGAGGAAAUACAGCUUGUUCAUUCUGAACAUCACUCACUGUUGUAUGGCACCAACCCCCUGGACGGACAGAAGCUGGACCCCAGGAUACUUCUAGGUGAUGACUCUCAAAAGUUUUUUUCCUCAUUACCUUGUGGUGGACUUGGGGUGGACAGUGACACCAUUUGGAAUGAACUGCACUCGUCCGGUGCUGCACGCAUGGCUGUUGGCUGUGUCAUCGAGCUGGCUUCCAAAGUGGCCUCAGGAGAGCUGAAGAAUGGGUUUGCUGUUGUGAGGCCCCCUGGCCAUCAUGCUGAAGAAUCCACAGCCAUGGGGUUCUGCUUUUUUAAUUCAGUUGCAAUUACCGCCAAAUAUUUGAGAGACCAACUAAAUAUAAGCAAGAUACUGAUUGUAGAUCUGGAUGUUCACCAUGGAAACGGUACCCAGCAGGCCUUUUAUGCUGACCCCAGCAUCCUGUACAUUUCACUCCAUCGCUAUGAUGAAGGGAACUUUUUCCCUGGCAGUGGAGCCCCAAAUGAGGUUGGAACAGGCCUUGGAGAAGGGUACAAUAUAAAUAUUGCCUGGACAGGUGGCCUCGAUCCUCCGAUGGGAGAUGUUGAGUACCUGGAAGCAUUCAGGACCAUCGUGAAGCCUGUGGCAAAAGAGUUUGAUCCAGACAUGGUCUUAGUAUCCGCUGGAUUUGAUGCAUUGGAAGGCCACACCCCUCCUCUAGGGGGGUACAAAGUGACAGCAAAAUGUUUUGGUCAUUUGACGAAGCAAUUGAUGACAUUGGCUGAUGGACGUGUGGUGUUGGCUCUAGAAGGAGGACAUGAUCUCACAGCCAUCUGUGAUGCAUCAGAAGCCUGUGUAAAUGCCCUUCUAGGAAAUGAGCUGGAGCCACUUGCAGAAGAUGUUCUCCACCAAAGCCCGAAUAUGAAUGCUGUUAUUUCUUUACAGAAGAUCAUUGAAAUUCAAAGCAAGUAUUGGAAGUCAUUAAGGAUGGUGGCUAUGCCAAGGGGCUGUGCUCUGGCUGGUGCUCAGUUGCAAGAGGAAACAGAGACCGUUUCUGCCCUGGCCUCCCUAACAGUGGAUGUGGAACAGCCCUUUGCUCAGGAAGACAGCAGAACUGCUGGUGAGCCUAUGGAAGAGGAGCCAGCCUUGUGAAGUGCCAAGUCCCCCUCUGAUAUUUCCUGUGUGUGACAUCAUUGUGUAUCCCCCAACCCCAGCACCCUCAGACAUGUCUUGACUGCUGCCUGGGUGGCACAGAUUCAAUGGAACAUAAACACUGGGCACAAAAUUCUGAACAGCAGCUUCACUUGUUCUUUGGAUGGACUUGAAAGGGCAUUAAAGAUUCCUUAAAUGUAACCGCUGUGAUUCUAGAGUUACAGUAAACCACGAUUGGAAGAAACUGCUUCCAGCAUGCUUUUAAUAUGCUGGGUGACCCACUCCUAGACACCAGGUUUGAAGUAGAAACAUUCAUUACAGCACUAGAUAUUGUUAAUUUCAGAAGCUAUGACAGCCGGUGAAAUUUUGGGCAGAACCUGAGACAUCCUCAUUCCUGACAUUCUGAUCAGCUUUUUGGGGGUUAAUUUUCCUUUUCAAACAGUCUUAAGUUGUUUACAAGAUUUGCUUCAAUGGAUAGCAAUUCUACACAGAUUGUAGUGUUUCUUGUUUGGUUGGUUUUUUCCGUUUUUUUUUUUUUUUUUUUUCUUUGUUUUAACACACAGUUCAACUCUUCCUAGUAAGAGUUCAAGAUGGAAGAACUAGGAUGAGGCUUUUUUUCAGUGGAAUGAACCACACUGUAUCUCAAAGUCCAAAUGCCAAAGGAACCUCAUACACUGUUUGUAAUGGUGCAAUAUUUUAUAUCACUUUUUUUUUUAGAAAAAUAUCCCUAACAUCUUUAUGUUCUCAAAUAUAGUCAAUUUGCAAUUGUGUUGGAGAAUAAAGUUCCCCCACCUCCAAGCGCUGCAUACAUCCCUUGUUCUCAUCACAGUAGGUCUGAGCAAAUGUUCCACCAAGCAUCUUCAGUGUCUUUAAGAAGCACAUAACUUUUCAAAGGUGGUCUUAAUUUGUUCCAAAUCUAUCAAGGACUUACUCACUCACCUCUCUUUUUCUGCCUUCUAUCAAUUCCUUUCUUCUUACCUUUCAUCAUUCAUUCCUUCUUUUAGAAAAACUGAAGAUUACCCAUAAUCUCCCCUAUUACUUGAGGGCCUUGACUGUUUAGUUUAUUUUGUUUACUUUCCAAAUUAACACAGUUCUUUGGUCUGAUUGCAUUUUUUUUAACUGUGAAGCCAUUGAGAUGAAUAUCACUUAAGCAACGUUGCUAAAUUUUCUAUGUGUUUGAAAUAUGUUAAUGAAGGCACUGCUUAUUUGUAGUCACCUUGAAUUGACUUAACCUAGAAGUUGUGCCUUCAUGUGAAGAAAACGAAUAAAACAACCUUUAAACAAGUUGCCUUAGUGUCAAAGGUUAAAAAUAGAGAACAUUUAUUUCUGAGAUUAAAUGCAACUUACUAAAUGUAAGUAGGUUAUCCUCCUACCUCCUAAAAUUCUGUUUCGACGUGUAACUCAAACACAUAAAGAUAUUGAGUUAGAAUUGCUCACAGUAUUUAAUAUCUGACAAUGCUUUUGAAAGAGUUGGUGUUUCUUUUUUAUAUAUUUUUCUAACUCAAAGGAUAUAUUAAAGCCAUAAGUGAAGAUUGUCAUGCUUUUAUUCAGAAAUCUGAAAGAAACCUUAAUUAAAACAAGGUUUUAGGGAAGGCCAUGAUAUGAAAGAUAUGGAACAAUGUGGUUUUAGUUAGAGAGGACUCUAACCUGUAAAUCAAAGAUGAAAGAUUUCACUCAAGUAGAAUUAUAUAACUCCCUUUGUUAUACAGUCAGACCAUAUUUUUCAUGCAUUUGGUUUUUUUAGGAUUACCAUUUUAAUUUUAAAGACUUUUAUUACAUAUACAAAAAUGGCUCAAUACUUGGUUUAACAUCUUGGAAAUUUGAGACACCCUUUGAAAUAGGAAAUCUGAAAUGGAAUGUAACUUAGUGUUAGGUAAAAAUUGCUUUCAUUGCAUAAGGGCAAAUUCAAUCUAGAUUCAUAGUAGUAAUGAAUUUUUUAUAAAUUUUAUUUUCAGAGAAAUUCAUACCAAUCAUAUUUGCUAGCUUAUGUUAUUGUGCAGUGAUUACUUGAAGAUAUUUACUUUAAAAAAUAGUGGAGCCAAAAGCUUAAGAAAAGAUUCUCCCUAUUUUAAAAAGGAAAGUCAUGUUUUAAUUGGAAAUAUAAUUGUGUAGUUUUAAAAUCAAUUUCAUAAUUAUAAAUCACUGUCAUUGCUCUUUAGUUCUCCCAAAUAUUUUUAUGAUGUUAAGAAAAUAAAACAGUAAUGCAAACAUACUCAUCCACUGAAGUUUCCUACAACAGUUUAGCCACAUGUUUAUGGCAAGCCAUUAAUCUGAUAAAGCCAAAUCACUAGGACAUCUCCAUGGUUAUUUAGAUUUAAAACUUGACACAUUAAUGAAUUAAUCACACAUUCUCCCAUGUGACACCAUACCCAGUUGGCUGCACUUAAGAGUCUUUAAGAUACAUGGAGAAGCAAAUAAGCUAUGGAGAGUAUUAUUCACAGCUGAAUGCAGUUGUAAGAAUGGAAUACCAGUGCUUUUUGAUUAUACCGUUACAAGAUGUAGCACAGCCCUGAGGGACAGAAUGGAGGCUUUCAAAAUAUGGACACUUCUUUUGAAAUAGACUAGCACUUUUUGAAUGGGUAGUUUCACUUGGUAUAGUUUUUCUUCACUUACACAUUUCAUUUUUAUUGCUCACAAUAGUUCUGAAUGAGAGGCUAGAAGAGCGUUAACAAUUUUGCAUCUCUUUCUGAUCCUUACUUUGAAGGAAAAUAACAGGGUUUCUUCACAAUCUCAUGGUGAAUAAAAAUAAUGGUUUUUGAUAAAUCUACUAGUAAAUAAUACUAGGAGUUUAAUAAGAUAUCAUACAUAGGUAUAAAAAAGGCUUAAAAGUUAAUUUUUCCAAUUAUAUAAUUUGGGACUAUAUAUUAAACUAGAAAACACUGAUAGUUUUAUUAAAUAGUAAACAAAAUGGGCUCAAAUAAAACCAGAGGCUAUGUUAUCAUUGUUUAGCAAAUGGAAAGAACAUUUUGAGAUGAACUAUCUUUAAAUAUUUUUAAAAAUUUAUAACACAAAUAAUGGAGAUAGAAGUCAGCUUUGGAGAAAAUAGUGAUAUUUAUGAAAAAACUACUAAUCACAUUUCCAUUACCAAUCCUGCGGAUUGAAAUCUUGCCUUUAGUUUUUACAACAACCCUAUAGGACACUCUCACUAACCUCUCACUGACAACAUGAUGGCCUUGAAACCAGGGCAUCUCCCACAAAGGCUUCAGAAAUUACAGGACUGAUCUCUCUUAAUAGUUUAGUCCUACUUUAUUUCCAUAGGUCAAUUAUAAAGCCUUGUGGAUUUACUGACUUUCUUUACAGACUCCACAUAGAAGUAAAAUAGAAUGAUCACUUGGAAAGUCUCCUGUGAAAAUAUUCCUCUUCAAUCAGCUUUUUUUUUUUUUUUUUUUCCGAGAUAGAGUCUCGCUCUGUCAACCAGGCUGGAGUACAGUGGUGCAAUCUUGGCUCCCUGCAACCUCUGCCUCGUGGGUUCAAGUGAUUCUCCUGCCUCAGCCUCCUGAGUAGCUGGGACUACAGGCACAUGCCACCAUGCUGGGCUGAUUUUUCUAUUUUUAGUAGAGACAGGGUUUCACCACAUUGGCCAGGCUGGUCUCGAACUCCUGACCUCAUGAUCCACCUGCCUCAGCCUCCGAAAGUGCUGUGAUUACAGAUGCAGGUCACUAAGCCGGGCUAAUUUUUGUAUUUUUAGUAAAGAUGGGAUUUCACCAUAUUGGCCAGGCUGGUCUCAAACUCCUGACCUUAUGAUCUGCCUACUUAGACUUCCAAAGUGCUGGGAUUACAGGUAUGAGCCACCACUCCUGGCCAAUCAGCGUUUUAAAACUUACUGUUUUAAUCCCAGCAUUUAUGUUUAGAGGAGUUAAUUUAAAUAUUUCUUACUAUUUAGCUGUUGAAUAUUUACUCUCAACUUGUCUCAAUGAAAGAAGUAUUAAACAAGUGUCUUAUAGCGCCAAAAGAAACAAGCCAAAAUUUUCUGUCUUAAAAGUAAUUCAUUCUGAGCUUGAAAUGACCCUGUCAGUCUUUGACACUGCCAUUUCUAGUGGGAUGUAUCUUAAGUUCUUUUCCUGCUUCAUGAAUGAAAUCACUUAUCCUGCUGAGAAAAUAAGAGAAAAAAAUAGAAUUAGAAAGCAACACGCCUGUUCAAGAUGGCAUUUUUACUAUCAAAAGAAGUGAAAACCAGAUGACCUGUGCUAAGAAGUGAAGGCAUUUUAUUGAUUUCUUCUAAACUGGUCAACAUGGUCGUGAUCAUCAUCAAAUUUCUUGUGUUCCCAAAGGCCACUAUUACAGUACAUUCUCUGUCAGUAUUUUGUACAAUGUGCUGCCUUUGGAAUGAAGUAUUAUAAAGUAGCUUGUCAUCUUCAUCAACACCAUCAUUAAAUAUGUAAGUGCCUAUGUGUGGUUUCUUUUCCUAGGGAUGUUUGCGUUGAAAAUCAUAGCCCUUGCCUUCUAACAGCUUGCUUUUACUCCAUCAAAUCCUUCAUGAAGCAGAGCAUGAUUGUCAAGUGGUAUACUCACACAUGCUGUACUCAUACCGCAUAACUUGGUUUCUCCAAAUAAAUGGCAGUCCAUUUUAUCUAUGAUAUUCCUGGCUUCAUAUACUGGUUUUGUAAGAUACAUAAAGCAACAAUUGAGUCAGUUAUUACUAUGCUGGAAGUAACUAGGUCAUACAACUAAACCUUAGACUUUUGAUCUGGGGCUGUUAGGACUUUAUCCAAUGAUAAGGUAAUAGAGUUGUUGCAAUUUCUCAAAACAUCUUAAUUCUCAAACUAAACAUUUAGCAAAUGCAUCAUGAAUUUGGUGUAAACUUACAAUCUUUCUAAUCAAUAAUUUUCUUUCAACUCUUCUCUACUUUUUCUGCCUAACAAUCUAUACGAAUUGCCAUAUCUAAGCAAUCAAAAUGGUUUCUGAAAUCUCUACUUAUGUUUCCUAAGUAGAAAUGACCUUGACAACUUAUUUUCUGAGAUACCACUAGGCAUACUUUCUUUCAUGCCAUUUUAUUAAAAAAAAAAAACUUUGAUAGAUACUCUGUCUUCCAUUUUAUCUCUCUUUUUUUUUUUUCGAGAGCCACUUAUUCAAAUAUCCUUAAAACAUAUAUUUAUCUACGAUUUCGGAUGUGGCACUUUGUUUUACUAAUGCAGAAUUAUUCUUUUUGUUUCAAACAUAGUUUGCCAUCAUUCUUGCUACUACCUAAUCAUGUUGUGCUAGUUAUUGUGUAGAGAAAAUUGCACAUAUAUUUCCUUGUCCUUUGGAAGAUGUCUUUGAGUCAAACCCACAAGCAUGAACUCCCACCUGAAGGGAAAUUGGCGAAGGAUAAACUUUAAAUCAAUAUAUUUUGAAAGGAAGAGAUUUCUAGACUUUUCAGAGAAAAUUUGAAUCCUUUUAUUUUUUUGUUUGGGCCGUAGGCACAUUAGAAGCAAAUGUUGCAACAUCAAAUAUAAUAGGGAGAGUCCAAAGUUUCCUGGGACAUUGUGGUCAUGUCCUUAAUCCUUCAUUGUGAUGUCCCUUCUUGGAGUUGGCAAUUUGUGACAAUUCAUAGAGAUCUUGCAGCAAUACUUGGCUAUUGGUGUUAUUAACUUAAAAUUCAGCAAAAAAUGGAGGAAUUUUUAAAAAACAAUUAAGAAUUGCAAACUUUGAAGUAGAAUGGCACUUUUGUAGGUAUGUAAGGAUUGUUUUUAUAUAAAACUCCCCAUUUUUUCUUCCUAUACUUUAAUAUUCUCAAAUUCUUUCUGGGAAAGCAACAUCAGUGUCUACAUGCACAAUAUCUAGGAUAUAGAAAAUUGCCCUUUCAGUGGUCUGGGUGUAACAAACAUGCCGCUUAAAAUGAGUGACCAUUUUGUAGGUUACAGCCUCAGUAGUCUGUGUCAUAUGAAAGCAAAUAUCCUGAUUUUUUUUUUUUUUUUUUUUGAGACGGAAUCUUGCUCUGUCACCAGGCUGGAGUGCAGUGGCUCUAUCUCAGCUCACUGCAACCUCUGCCUCCUAGGUUCAAGCGAUUCUUCCAUCUCAGCCUCCUGAGUAGCUGGGACUAACUACAGGUGCAUGCCACCACACUCGGCUAAUUUUUGUAUUUUUAGUAGAGACAAGGUUUCAUCAUGGCAAGGAUGGUCUCGAUCUCUUGACCUCGUGAUCCACCCACCUCCGCCUCCCAAAGUGCUGGGAUUACAGGCGUAAGCCACUGCUCCUGGCCCCUGAUAUUUUUAAAUAAGGUGGGCAGGGCAGGCAGGAAACCAGUAUUUAUUACUUUUGUGAUUAAACACUCUAGACCAGGCUUGUUGAUGUGUAUGCCAAAAAUAGAAAGUUUUUGGCUUGAUGUAAAAUAAAAAUGUCUUUUUUAUUGUGGUCUGAUAUCUGUUUCUGUAAUAAGAUCAGUUUGUUGUCCUCUGUGCACCAGUGGUUUUGCCCUUAAUUUUUUUUGGCUAGUAUCACCAAGAUCUGUCAUCCAGAGCUGCUAGGAAAGAUAUAUGUUGCCAAACUUUUCUUAAAAUUGUGCUGCCAGUAGUAGUUUCCCAGAUGUGAAAAAUAAUAAUCUAAUUAAGAAUUAACACCUAAUAACAAUACCAUUGUUGAACAUGCUCAUGGAAUGUCCACCUUCUUCUGAUUCCUUUUUUGUAUUUGAAAAUGCAAUGGUGUGUUCCAAAUUAUUGUUGAUGUUGUUAAUGUCAUGACUCUCCUUUGAAGAGAAUAAAAAAAUCCCCUUUUUUGUGUGUUUUCUACUGAAUUAGAUUUCCCUCUAGUCCUAUAUGAAUAAAAGCUAUUUGAAAUAAAA